AUGGACUUCCUUAGUGGGUUGCCCCUAACACCCACUAAGAAGAAUUCUGUUUGGGUCGUCGUGGACCGAUUGACCAAGACUGGACAUUUCAUUCUUGUGAAGACAGACUUCUCCUUACAGAAGUUGGUCAAACUGUACAUUUCUGAUAUAGUGAGGCUACAUGGGGUACCUGUCUCGAUCAUUUCUGAUAGGGAUCCUCGUUUUAUGUCUCAGUUCUGGGGAAAACUUCAUGAGGCUCUGGGUUUGAGGUUAGACCUCAGUACUACUUUCCACCCUCAGACAGAUGGCGAUGAAUUGAGUACUCUCCAAACUCAUGAUUUUGUUAGAACAUCUAGUGAUCAAGAUGAUUUUAAAUCUUUUGUUAAUAUUAGUGACCAUGUGGCUCAACCUUUUUUGCAAGAAACCCUUCAAAAAAACAUAAUGGAGCCAUGUUCCAGACUAUGUGACAGAAGCAGAAUGACUUAUGAGGAGCGAAUGUUACAAAAUGAUGAACUAGAUGAAUGGUGGACACAUGUCAAGGAGAAAUCGAGAAAGCAUGAUGAAAAGCCAAAGCGACACCAUGAUGAGCACAUGAUAAGAAGAAACCAAUUUAAGGUUGGAGACAAACGCGAAAAAGGAGCCUUGGCUUCGCAAACACAUGUCAAGGAGAAACAGAUAAAGCAUGAUGAAGAGCCAAAGCGACGCCAUGAUGAGCACGUGAUGAAAACAAAGCAAUUUAAGGUUGGAGACAAAGUACUGCUGGAAAAAAUGGAUCCAUAA